GUUGUUUGUUUGUCUGUUUGUUAUUCACAAUAACAGAGAACGAACCGAAGGAAGCAAAACGUUAUCCUCUUCUCUGGUUUGGUUUACAUCGAAUCCCACCAUUACCAAAAAUCCUUCUUUCCUUCAUGCUCUUCUCUUGUUUGUCAUUCUAAUAAUAAUAAUAAAUUUCUCUCACUAUCGCUCGCUCGCUCGCUGAAUGAGCCCCCAUGCCUUUGAUUGAGAUAACAAAUGCACAUUUACUGAGGGCUCCAUUACCAUAUCCACACUCAAUUAGAAGAAGAAUUUCCUGCUUUCCACUAGACGAUGCUUUUACUACUAGUAGUAGGACUAGGACUAGGAGGAGGAGGUUUCCAUUCCUCGUUAAAGCCGUUGCUACUGCUGCUACCAUCAUUGAACAACCACCUAAAUUCAACAACAAUCACUUGGAGGAGCCUCUAAAUCCUCAUCCGUUCAUGCUUCAUCAUCAUUAUGACGACGAUGAUGAACGACCACUUGAUGAGAGCGAGAAAUUGAGAAGAUUGAGGAUUUCUAAAGCUAAUAAAGGAAACACUCCAUGGAACAAAGGAAGAAAGCACAGUCCCGAAACUUUGCAGAAGAUCAGGGAAAGAACACGCAUCGCUAUGCAGAAUCCUAAGGUCAAAAUGAAGUUGACUAAUCUUGGACAUGCUCAAACUACAGAAACAAAAAUGAAGAUUAGUGUUGGAGUGAGAAAGCUAUGGGAAAUGAGGCGUGGUAGGAAGAUGGUGCAGGAGAGUUGCUGCUUUGAGUGGCAGAAUUUAAUUGCAGAAGCAUCUAGGCAAGGCUUUGUUGGUCAGGAAGAGCUGCAAUGGAAUUCCUAUGUAACCUUGGAUGAACAGCUUAAGCAGGAGUGGUUGGUCAGUGUUGAAGAAAGGAAACAAAUGGCGAGGACACCAGUUAGCAACAGAGCACCCAAGUCCCCUGAACAGAGAAGGAAAAUUGCAGAAGCUAUUGCUGCAAAAUGGGCUGAUCCCGAUUACCGUGAAAGAGUCUGCUCUGCAAUUGCCAAGUACCAUCAUUCUACUGAAAGGAAACCUAGAACAAGGCCCAGUUAUAGUGCACAACCCACCAAGAAGAAGAAACCCAUUACAAAAAGAGAUUCUGAUACUAGCAUUGUUAUUAAGAGUGCCUCCAAAAUUGUUAAGCCGAUCCAGCUGAGAAAAAGAAAAUCCCCUGCCUAUAAGGAUCCUUUGGUGAAUUCCAAGCUUGAGAUGAUAAAGAACAUCAGAGCACAAAGAGCUUCCGUGGAUACCAGACAAACUCAAGCCAUACAACAAGCAAGACUAUUGAUUGCCGAAGCUGAGAAAGCGGCCAAGGCACUGGAGGUUGCUGCGGCAAAGAGUCCCAUUGCUCAGUCUUCUCUAAUAGAAACCAGAAAGCUUAUAGCCGAAGCUAUUCAAUCACUUGAAUCCAUUGAUACACAAAAGAUAGAUGACUGUAGUGUCCCUUCGGUUAGUUGGAGCAAGGUUAAUCAGGAAAACGAAUCAGCAUUUGACGUUCGAAACCCUUCAGAAAUGGCCCAAGUAAAUGGACACACAACAUUGUCACCAAGCUUCUACAAGUUCUCUGAAGAUUUUGGUGAACUUUCCCUGGAGAGACCAGUUAAUGGCGUUCCAGAACUUCACCUAACCAAUGGAUGUGCUUCUUUACCUUUCAGUUUGAAUAGCCAGAUAAACCAAGAUAGCCAAUCAAAACAGCAAAGGGAAACAGAACAGGAUGAGAGCAGCGAAGACGAAACAGAUCAUUCUCCAACUGUGAUGGGAAUUCAGUCCCUUGAAGAUGAAACACUAUCUAGUUCCCCUAUUGCAACUAAAAAGUGGGUUCGCGGAAGGCUUGUUGAAGUGAGUGAAGAGAAUCAGUAAAAUGUGUAAAGCUUAGCCCAGUUUUCAAACAUAGUACAAAACUGUUUGCUGCGUGUUAUAUAGAUCACCAUAAAUGUCUUUCUUCAACAGUGUGAUCAUUGCAAUGCAAUCAUCCAAAUCAUUAGCUGACCAGCCACCAAUUGUCUAGGUAGACAUGGAGACCAAAAUAGCUUUAGCUAAAGAGAGAAUGUAUCUAUAUUAGUUUAUAGGAUCAUCUACUUCAGUUGAUGUUGUUACAUUAAACUAUAAAUUAAUGAUAUUAUUUUCUAUUAUGUUGGUA